UAAAUUAAACAUAAACAAGAAAGAAAAGACAAGAAAGUUAUACCAAACACAAUUAUUGUACCUUUUGACCUGCAAAGAGAAGGUGAUGGAUCAUGCAAGCUGCAAGGUAUGUGUCACAGGUGCUUCUGGUUACAUUGCUUCCUUGCUCAUCAACAAGCUCCUAGCUAAAGGCUACACUGUCCAUGCAACUCUCAGAAACUUAAAGGAUCAAUCUAAGGUGGACUUUUUGAAAAGCUUUCCACAAUCUCAACAAAAACUGGUCUUGUUUGAAGCAAAUAUUUACAACUCAGUUGAGUUUGAGCAUGCAAUUAAGGGCUGUGAAUUUGUCUUUCAUGUUGCCACACCCUUGAUACAUCAACCUGAAUCUCAGCAGUUCAAGGACAUUACGGAAGCAUCACUUGCUGGGUCAAAAAGCAUUGCAAUGUUUUGUAAGAAAGCAGGAACGGUGAAGCGUCUCAUUUACACCGGAUCUGUUGUAUCUGCUUCUCCCAUGAAAGAAGAUGGAACUGGUUUCAAAGAUGUAAUGGAUGAAACUUGUUGGACUCCUCUCAAUGAUUCACUCUCAUAUUUAUACCAUGAUGCUUAUGUUAAGGAUUAUGUUUAUUCAAAGACAGUGACAGAGAAAUACAUGUUGAGUUGCGGGAACAAUGAAAAUGGUGGAGGGUUGGAGGUGGUUACUCUUCUAUGUGGGGUUGUAGGAGGGGACACUCUUCAAUUCUUCACACCUAGUAGUGUGGAAAUAUGUAUCUCACAGAUUACAGAAAAUGCAAAGGGAUACAAAUCAUUGGAGUUUGUUCAGGAAUUUCUUGGGAAAAUCCCUCUUGUACAUGUUGAUGAUGUUUGUGAGGCUCAUAUGUUCUGCAUGGAAAGUAGCUCAAUCAAUGGAAGAUUCUUAUGUGCUAGUUCCUAUGUUUCGAUACAAGAGAUCGCUGAUCAUUACGUUCUUCAUUAUCCAGAAUUCACUGUUAAUCAAGAAUAUGCAGAUGGGCCAAAGAAGGAUAUGAAGUGGGGGUCAACAAAACUAUGUGACAAAGGAUUUGUAUAUAAAUAUGAUGCUAGGAUGAUAUUGGAUGAUUGUAUCAAAUGUGCUAGAAGGAUGGGUGAUCUUCAGUCUCCAUAUAUAUAUAUAUACAUCUAAUUUGUAAUAUAAAAGUACAGUUAUCUUAAAUAUUGAGGUGAAAACUUAUUCAGGUGUGUUGAAAGGGAAAUCAGUGCCAAAAUCCCAUCUAUCUAGCAAGAUAUCCAACCAAAUCAAGUGAAUCGGUAUAUGAAGAUGUGGCUGAAACUGUCUCACUCAUAUCAGAUUCUGAAGUUUGUGCAUUAUAUUCAAAAUAGUAUUCUGACAAAAAAAAAACGAUUUGAUUAUAAACUUUCCGGUGAUUAUUGUCAAGAAAUGAAAUUAAAAAAUCAUGAACUAAACCGAAUCGCCAAAUCCAAUCAAACUAAAGUUAAAAUAACCGAACAGUUAUGUUUGGUUAGUGAACCAAACCAUAUUAUACAAACCAUUGUGGCAUUGUUGUCAUAUGAGUCUGAAUACAUCUCAACUUACAAUGCAGCCUGUCAAGGUGUCUAGUUGCAGUCAUUGCUGUGUGAAAUAAAGAUUGACAAAGAAGAAAAUGCAGAGUUUAUGGUAGAAGUGAUUUAUCAACUUUUAUAAAUAUCUCAUACACCUCAUGGGAAAAGCAAGCACAUAGAAACUAAAUUCCACCAUUUUAGAAACCAAGUAAGUAAAUGGAAGACUGCAAAACUAAUAAUCAAAUCAAAAAGUAAGAACCCUUUAAGAUAAGAUGAUAUUUUUUUUCCAUGGUGAGGAAAAAAAGCAGGAAGUAGAUGAACCACAUACUGCAGAAGAAUAUAUCAAAGAUCGUGAAUGAAGCUAUUUGACAGUUUUCGCUGUAAUAUCUAAUAUUCAACUGCAUUUUAAAACAUGUAUAGAAGUUAUAUCAUUAUCAUCUGAGGUUUGAUGAAUAUUUCUUAAAUUAGAAGAUAAUAGUAGUACAGGUUUGAAUCCACAACUAGCAAAAAACUGUAUUCUGAAAAUUGAAUUAUUAAUGUCAACAAUCCUAUAUAUAUCCUUUUCAAUAAUUGCAGUCUUCCGAAGAAAAGUCUAGCAACAUUGCCCUGCCAAGAUAUUCUAUUAUAAGGUGGACUGAUAAAUCAGCCACAUUGAUAUAUCAAAGUUCAUUUAUCC